AUGAUCAAGCAGUACUUUGCCGAGGUUCGCCUUUUGACCAAAGAUGUAUACAUCUGGUGGUUUCGCCAUAAUAUCUGGGUCAUCAUACCUGAGGACAGCAGAAUGGGAUAUGCCAUGACAGCCCAUACCGAUCUCGUCCGGGAUCAACCCCACCAGCCCACCACCGAGAUCCUGUUCAAGGACAUUGUCGUGAGAAGACUUGGGACCGACCCACAGACCCUCAAGGACUUUUUCUUCGACCGCUGUAUCACCACCAAGGGCCAGGAGAAACUCCACGCCGAAGAGAUCAUGGGUGCUGUCGCCGGCCCCGUUGACGACGAUUGA